GUUUAACUUUCGUUCCUGCGAAAGCCCUUAACAGAGCAGAACUCCUCCCUCCUCAAACUUUCCAACUCCGGCGUCGACCGAACCCAGCCGUCGGCGAGUUCGACGCCUAGUGUGCAGCCACCUGUCAACUUCGUCUACAGGUACAUAUGCUCAUUUGUUUCCAAAGUUCUUCCAACGAUAGUUUUUGCCACCGAGUAGUACAAAAUGUACAAGAUGUGCAAGCCGUAAAACCCUAUCCCCUGGCCAUGGUCUCGUGAGCGUCCUUGUUCAAAAUGACGAAUUGUUGUUCCCAAAUGUUUGCUCUCCAAAUGUAGAGUUACUUCAAUCAUCAUUCUACGUUGGGAGAACAAGGCUCCACAUCGACUCAGACAUGCAUUAUGAUGAUCUUUCUAAGAAACCAAGGAAUGAUCCUUUUUUAUUUGAAAUGCCAUCAUGACUACAAAAUUUGCAAGAAGCUUGCAUCCUCAUGUAAUGGGCCUUCUUCUGAGCUGGGUAGGAAAGCUUUUUCCUACGCAAGUGUGGGCGUUCAAGAAAAUUUAAGAAAAAUUGAUGGUUUAAGGCAAGCAGCUGACCAUGUGUGCAGUAUUUUGGAGAGUACUCCUUGGGGUUCCACAGUAGAAAGUUCCUUAUCUGCUCUUGAUGAAAGACAUCAGCCAGAAUUAGUUAUUGGAGUCUUAAAGAAACUGAAGGACAUUGAUGUGGCAGUAAAUUAUUUCCGAUGGGCUGAGCGCAAAACUGACCAGGCACAUUGUCCAGAAGCAUAUAAUUCACUUCUCAUGGUAAUGACGAGGAAUAAAAGAUUUGAUUUCCUGGAACAGAUUUUGGAGGAAAUGAGUGUUGCUGGAUUCGGCCCAUCUAACAGUACAUGUAUUGAGUUAGUUGUAAGUUGUGUCAAGUCUCAAAGGCUGAGAGAUGCUUUUGAUCUCAUGCAAACAAUGAGGAAAUUCAAAUUCCGUCCAGCAUUUUCAGCUUAUACAACUCUAAUUGGUGCCUUUUCUGAGGUUCAACAACCUGAUCUCAUGCUCGCUCUUUUUGAACAGAUGCAGGAGCUAGGUUAUGAGGUAAAUGUGCAUUUAUUUACGACUCUAAUCCGUGUAUUUGCCAGGGAUGGUCGAGUUGAUGCUGCUCUUUCACUGCUGGAUGAGAUGAAGAGCAUCUCUCUUGAAGCAGAUAUUGUGCUUUAUAAUGUUUGUAUAGACUGCUUUGGCAAGUCAGGAAAGGUGGACAUGGCAUGGAAAUUCUUUCAUGAGAUGCAAACACACAACAUUAUGCCUGAUGAUGUUACAUAUACUAGCAUGAUAGGAGUUCUCUGCAAAGCUAACAGGCUGGACGAAGCUGUGGAGAUGUUUGAACAUAUGGAUCUCAAUAGGAAAGUCCCGUGUGCUUAUGCUUAUAACACCAUGAUCAUGGGUUAUGGCUCAGUUGGGAAGUUCGAUGAAGCUUACAGUUUGCUUGAGAGGCAAAGAGCAAAGGGGUGCAUUCCAAGUGUGAUUGCAUAUAACAGCAUUCUUACUUGCCUUGGGAAGAAGGGUAGAAUAGAGGAAGCCAUGAGGAUCUUCCAGGAGAUGAAAAAUGACGCAGUGCCGAAUCUUUCAACCUAUAAUAUUCUUAUAGAUAUGUUUUGCAAAGCGGGGAAACUUGAGAAGGCUUUGGAGAUUCAAAAUGUUAUGGAAGAAGCUGGCUUGUUUCCUAAUGUUUCGACUGUUAACAUAAUGAUUGAUCGGCUGUGUAGGGCUGAAAAACUUGAUGAAGCUUGCUCUAUAUUUGAAGGUAUGGAUCAUAAAAUCUGCACUCCAGAUGCAGUUACAUUUUGUUCACUCAUAAAUGGCUUAGGAAAACAUGGCCGGGUGGAUGAUGCCUAUAGGCUAUAUGAAAAGAUGCUAGAUGCUGGCCUUCUUCCAAAUUCUGUUGUCUACACAUCCCUCAUUAGGAGCUUCUUUAAGUGUGGCAGGAAGGAGGAUGGUCACAAGAUCUACAAGGAAAUGAUCCGCCGUGGUUGUCCUCCUGAUGUAACACUCCUUAACAUUUACAUGGAUUGUGUUUUCAAGGCUGGUGAAACUGAGAAGGGCAGGGCUCUAUUUGAAGAAAUUAGAGCUCUGGGACUUGUCCCAGAUGUUAGGAGCUAUUCCAUACUUAUUCAUGGCCUUGUGAAAGCAGGUUUUGCGCGUGAGACCUAUGAGUUGUUCUAUGCAAUGAAGGAACAAGGCCUUGUUCUGGACACUCUUGCCUACAACACUGUUAUUGAUGGGUUUUGCAAAUCAGGUAAAGUGAACAAGGCUUACCAGCUCCUGGAGGAAAUGAAGGUGAAGGGUCAUCAACCCACUGUGGUUACAUAUGGCUCUGUCAUUGAUGGGCUUGCUAAGAUAGACAGGCUUGAUGAAGCAUACAUGCUGUUUGAAGAAGCAAAGUCGAAAGGAGUGGAGCUAAAUGUGGUUGUAUAUAGUAGUCUGGUUGAUGGGUUUGGGAAGGUGGGUAGAAUUGAUGAAGCAUAUCUUAUCAUGGAAGAGUUGAUGCAAAAAGGUUUGACACCUAAUGUAUACACAUGGAAUUGCUUGCUUGAUGCUCUAGUUAAGGCCGAAGAAAUUAAUGAAGCCCUUGUUUGCUUUCGGUCCAUGAAAGACUUGAAAUGUUCUCCAAACACCGUAACUUACAGCAUUCUCAUAAAUGGUCUCUGUCGGGUACGCAAGUUUAGCAAGGCAUUUGUAUAUUGGCAAGAGAUGCAGAAGCAAGGAUUAAAACCCAAUACUAUAACCUACACCACUUUGAUCUCAGGGCUUGCAAGAGCUGGGAAUGUAUCAGAGGCUAAUGGGCUCUUUGAAAGGUUCAAAGCGAGUGGAGGUGUACCAGAUUCUGGUUGUUAUAACUCUAUAAUUGAAGGGUUAAGCAUUGCCAACAGGGCAAUGGAUGCAUAUGCACUUUUUGAGGAAACCCGACUGAAAGGCUGCAAUAUUUAUUCCAAAACAUGUGUUACCCUGUUGGAUGCACUGCAUAAGGCUGAAUGCCUUGAGCAAGCAGCAAUUGUAGGUGCCGUUUUGAGGGAAAUGGCUAAGGCCAAACAUGCAUCAAAAUCCUUUUAGCAUAAAGUUUGUACUUCUGGCUAGCUCACAGUGCAAUUGGGGAUGUCAUUUUGAAGGAGAUGUGAAAGUCUCAACAUGCUUCAAGAUCCCUGAGGUUUCAAGGCUCAACGUAGCUUACAAAGGAAUUGGUAAAGCAAUUUGGGGGACAGAAACUACGCUGUCGUUACGAAAUUUGUUUCUGCUAAUUCUUUCAAGCUGGGUGAUUGAAGUUGCUUCGAGGUACUUUCAGAUAUGGUCCGCAUGUACUAGAAAUAUGUAAGCAAAGCUUUUCUGCUUACCAAUAGCAUAACUUACGGAGAUGGCGGUACUUUAAUUUACAAAGAGAACAUGGAAAUGGUGCAGUUACAAUAAUUUCAGAGCUUGUUGUGGACGGUGCGUUGCAUUGGAAUGUAGUUGUGUAUACUAAACAAAGUUUAAACACAAUCAAAAUGCAUAGCUCUUUGGGAUCAUCUUGAGAGUGUAAGGAAUUAGCUCUAUUCGUUUUUGGUAUUUAUGAUACAUAGAAAAUGCCUCUUCUUUUUGGGGUUGAAUUGUCAUAUGUUGUUAUUGAUGCAAUGCCUCUGAUUUCGCAUGGGCGCUUUUAUUUC